GUGAUGGGCUUCUUGCCUCCCAUAACUCCUCCAGAAAAAUUCUUUCUUUCUCAGCUGAUGUUGGCCCCCCCUAGAGAACUGUUCAAGAAGACUCCUCGGCAGAUAGCUUCAAUGGACGUGGGGAACAUGGCCCAGUCAGUGGAUAUAAGCGGGCUUCAGCUGGCAUUAGCAGAACGUCAGUCUGAGUUGCCAACGCAGAGCAAGGCCAGCUUCCCCAGCAUUCUCAGCGAUCCUGACCCAGAUUCUUCCAACUCCGGUUUUGACAGCUCCGUUGCCUCCCAGAUCACAGAAGCCUUAGUGAGUGGACCAAAACCUCCUAUAGAAAGUCACUUUCGACCAGAGUUUAUUCGACCGCCGCCUCCGCUCCAUAUAUGUGAGGAUGAAUUGGCAUGGUUAAAUCCCAUAGAGCCAGAUCACACAAUUCAGUGGGAUAAGUCAAUGUGCGUUAAGAACAGCACUGGAGUUGAGAUAAAAAGAAUCAUGGCAAAAGCUUUUAAAAGUCCCUUGACUUCCCCACAGCAAACACAGCUCCUUGGAGAACUGGAAAAGGACCCCAAGCUUGUUUACCAUAUUGGUCUUACUCCUGCCAAAUUGCCAGACCUGGUUGAAAACAAUCCUUUAGUAGCUAUAGAAAUGUUGCUGAAACUGAUGCAGUCUAGUCAGAUAACAGAGUAUUUUUCUGUCUUGGUCAACAUGGACAUGUCCUUACAUUCAAUGGAAGUUGUAAAUCGGCUUACUACUGCAGUUGAUCUCCCACCUGAAUUUAUUCAUCUUUAUAUCUCCAAUUGUAUCUCCACCUGUGAACAGAUUAAAGACAAGUAUAUGCAGGUACACAUGGGUAGCUUGAUCUGUGACCUGCUGCAUAGCCGUGCCUAUUGCAUUUGGUAGCAGGUAAGGAAAAAUAGCAGCAGACCUGGGCUGCAGCUGAGAAUAUGCCUGCGGAGUGGGACACCGUGCUCAGUGGGGGUGCUGAGAGCAUAUAGCAGCUGUGCUUCAGGCUCAUGGGGGAUGAAAAAGAACAGAGGGUCGAGGAACACACGCUGAUCACCAAGCAGCAUUUGUUACUACUGUGUAUGAGGCCUUACAGCAACUGAGCCACAAGGUGUUCUAUUUGAAAAGCAUGGUACAAAACCACUCCUAUUGGAUGUGAGAGAGGCACAAUCUUCAAAGGUUGGGAGUCAGCCAGCAUCUUGCAUUUGUUUUUUUGUUCUGAGUUUCACGUUCCUCAAUUAUUACUCUUGUAACUGAAUUUGUGUUGCAGAGAAAACAUGUGAUGCCUUUUGAUUGUAGUGAAUAACUUGUUCAGUUUCUGAAUUCUCUUGGUAUAGGUAGCAAAUUUUGCAGUAGUAAGCUCAGUUCCUGUAAAAAAUAGUUGGUAGCUUAUUUGCAGUGUCUAAAAUACUUUGGGCACUUACUUAUCAAGCCCCCUCAGUUCUGUCUGAUAAACAUCGUUCACGUAUACAGUUGCUUUUAGAGAGGGGCUUGGUUUCCACUCUUUUUCACAAUGUGAACUAUGAGACCACUUUAGUGGUAAGUAAGAUCUGCUUUUGUCCUUGAGGAAAAAUGUACUCUGUGUAAAGCAGAGGGUUAGUGACUGGAUCUGUGUAUGACAAAUUGUAGGUGCCAGUUCCUAGGUCUCCGCUUCCCAGCGUGCUCUGCAAGGUGUUGCCUGAGCAGCCCUUAGGAAGGAGAAAUGCUUCUGAGAUUCCGUCUUCUCACUGGAGCAGGUGGAAAAUCACAGCUCUCAGCCAUGAGCUUGGAACUGUUGUCUUGGGUUAGAUGUCCCUGGUGCUGUCCUUCUAAGCUAGAGGAACAGGGUCAUGUGGUAAUUCAGGGACAGAGCGUUUCCCACAGAGCAAGUUUGGGAUCAGUUCUGCUGCGGACACUUCCCAGCUGGAGUGCCUUAAACACAUAGUGACUGGGGAAUUUUGAGAAGUGAAGCUUGUUCAUUUUUCUUUCUGGUGUUACAGUAGAAAAUAAGACUAAGCAAGAGGGGUGACCCUAGUGAUGACAUCAUCGUGGGUUAUGAUCCCCUCUCUCUGACUUUAUUUGGAGAUUACAUAAUAAAGAAAUGAAGUACAGUGCAUAUGUAGAUCUGGUGCUUCACUUGGUGCAUGGGAUUAAUCUUGAGAAAGCUCCUGUGCCCGUAAGUAAAGUACUAUAAAGCAGAGGAGACCACUUUUUAAAUACGGUAGCAGUAUGGGAAGUAGGAAAGUAGGGAGGAAGACUACUGCUGAGGCUAAACAGUCCCGCAAUGCCUCAGUUGUACUGCUGAGGCCAAACAGCUGUUUAACUGACAUGGUUGCAAACAUUUAUUUGGGUUAUGAUACCAUCUCUCUUCUA